AUGUCGGUUAUAAAUAGAGGUGAUGGUCCCACUGAUAUUUCACCAGCUGAGGGACUCGCUGUUCCAGAAAAAGGACUGGUUCGGGAAUUAGCACAGGUUCCUACUUCUGUAUCGGUGGCUGAGAGCCAAGGAGCAAGGGAAGUUACAAUCCGUCAAGUAGGACCUUUGGUUUUAGUUCUCACUGGAGCGACAUUUUUAAACACGCUCUCAGUUCAAGCCGUGGUCAUUCUUCUACCUCAGAUAACCAAAGAACUCAGCAUCCCACAAACGCGACAACAAUGGAUCAUCUCCGCAUUUGCACUCACCUCUGGAUCUUUUCUUCUGCUCUGUGGAAAGCUCGCUGAUGUGUAUGGGAGAAAACUUUUGUUCAUUUUUGGGUGCUUUUGGAUUACAGCAACUGCUUUGGGGACUGCAUUCUCACCUAUUGAGGGUGCUGCUCUUACUAUUCCAACGGCAAUGGGAAUCCUUGGACACACUAUACCUCCAGGACGUGUCAAAAACUAUAGUUUUGCUUUUUACUCUGGUGGUGCCCCCAUGGGGCAAAUUUUGGGUAAUCUACUCGGUGGAGUGAUAUCCCAAUUUACAAGUUGGAAAGUCGUCUUCUUUGUAUUCGCAGGAGCAUCAUUUGUCAUCGGCAUCACCGCUUUUUUUGUCAUCCCACGCGAAUCAUCGAGACGUGACGAUGCGGAAGCUCGCGCAGCGGGUGUCGAUUGGAUCGGAGCUUUUCUUUAUACUUCAGGAACAUUGCUGCUCCUAACGGGUCUUUCCGAGGGAGUAUCUCAAGGCUGGAAAACACCGUUCAUCAUCGCUCUUCUCGUCCUCUCCGUAAUAUUUCUGGUGGCAUUCAUAACCUGGCAACUUCAUCUUGAGCGGCGGGGAACAUCGGAUCCUUUGAUGCGAGUUUCUAUAUUUUCCAAUGGAAGGUUCUCAGUUGCAAUGAUUAUUGUUUGUCUUUUUUCGGCAGGCUUUACGAAUUGGCUUGUGUAUUCCACUUAUUUUUACCAGAAUUACCAACUCUUAUCACCCAUUCAGACAACUUUGCGGUUCCUCCCGCUGGGAAUAUUUGGAAUUAUCGCCGUGGCCAGCUCCGGAUACCUCCUAUCACGAGUCCCCGGCAACUGGAUUCUAAUCAUCGGCCUUUCAUCCGGGGCAAUCUCAAACUUGUUAUUUGCCGCCCCAAUACCGCCAACUACAUCAUACUUCGCCUACGGGCUUAUAUCUAUGAGCCUAGGUGCUGUAGGUGCCGACACGGUGUACCCUUGCUUAGGUCUAUUUACCACGCAAUCCCUACCACGAAAAGACCAGAGUCUUGCGGGUGCGAUGUUUCAAACAACUGCGGCGCUUGGGCGUACUAUGUUUCUACCUAUAACAGCUGCUAUCCAGUACAGCGUACAGAAUCGAGAAAAAGAUCGGGGUAAAGCUGAGAACUCUGCUUAUUUGUCUGGGCUCAGAUCUGCCGAAUGGUUUUGUUUUGCAUUGAUGGUUGUUUCACUUGGUUUGGUUAUUUUUGGUCUUAAAAAUAUAGGCAAGAUUGGAAUGUUGAAGAGGUUGGGCACUGUUCAAUCGUCGAGGAAGCCUCAAGAGUGA